AUAAAAUCAUGCGACAAAAGAAAUUUUUUUUACCCACCAAUUUUUUUCUCUCUAAUUUUCUUGGUUGAAUUACAUUAUAAGUAAUUCAGUUAUAUGUUACUAACUGAAAAUGUUAUCAUAACGCGUUAAAUGCGUGAGCGUCGUACAUAUCAUGAUUAUCGACUUCCGUAAUGAGCAAUUAACCUCAUUUUCCCUAAUAAGCAUAAAAUGAUUGUUUUUUUUACGUGAUUAAAUUUCCGUUCAACUCUUUCCUCCUUUUUUUUUUCCUUUAAUAAUGUCUAUUUCAAAAUUACCUAACGAAUGUUUACAAGAAAUUUUUAGUUAUAUAGAUCGAGUAAAAACGUUAUAUUCAAUUAUUCUCGUUAAUCGUAAAUGGUGUCAAAAUGGCGUUAUACGUUUAUGGAGAAAACCUUUUAGGAAUAGUAUUGAAAUUUCAAAACAGAUAAAAAUCUGUCCAAUUUUAAUUAAUUUUAUCAUACUUGAUAAAGAUUUAAAUAUUAAAGAUAAAUUGAUAAAAGAUUAUUAUAAAAAAUUUCAAAAAGAAAAUUCGAAACCUUUUAAUUACUCGUUUAAUUAUCCAAGUUUUAUUACUGGAAUUGAUUUGGAUCGUAUAAUUAGAGCUAUCACGAUAUUUACGCAAAAAAAUAAGAAUAGUCUUUAUCGUAUACCAGGAUAUAAAAAAGUUUCGAAAAUUGAUCAAGUUAUGACUUUCUUGUUUAUAAUCUUAAGAGUUAUAACGUUUAAAGGAGCAAAUAUUAAACGAUUUAUAAUCAAUCUGAAAGAUAGGAAUGUGAACAUGUUUUUCGAUAAUGAUGAUACUUUUGGGAAUAAAUGGGAUAUAACAAAGUUUAAACUCGAAAAUACUCUUACAACCUUUCUCUCAAUGGAUGCGACAAAGAGAUGCCUUAAAAAUCUUAGAUAUUUUGUAUGUGAUAUUUUAAUAGAUAAAUCGAAUAUUUUAAAAACUUUAAUAGCCACAUGCACAAAUCUUCAAGGGAUUAAGGUACAAGAUGAUUCUUAUAAUUUUAUUAAAGAUACUUUGAUAUCUUUAAUUCAAAAUCAAAAUAAUUUGGAACAUUUACAUAUUCAAGGGAGUUCAAAUUCUGAAUCUGAUCAAAAUACUGAAUCAAAUAUUACGGAUUUAGUUUUAUCAUUGGAAAAAAAUGCCAGUUCUUACAAGAAAAUUUUAUUUGAAAAUGGUUAUAUAGAUAAUGAUAUAGCAUUCAAAACUUUAAUGAAUUGCAAUAAUCUUGAAAUUUUACAAAUUAAAGAUUUAAAAAUUCCUUACAAAAAUUUUGAAUUAUUGGCUUUGGCAGAAUUUCCAAAAUUAAAAUGUUUGAGUUAUAUUAAUACUGUUAUUGAAACUGGAAAACCUUAUAUAACAAAUCCUUUCGUUAGAAUUAUUAAUAAUAAAAAUAUCUCAUCAAAAUUACAGAAACUUCAUUUGGUAGGGUUCGUGAAUGUAGAAAAUUAUAAAUUGUUGAGUGCUACGGCGGAUAAUUUUAAAAAUUUAAUAGAUUUAUGUGUUCAAAUUACGAGAAAAGAAGAGAUACCACUUUUAUCUAUGAUCAUGAAGAAUUGUUCAAUGAUGAAACAAAUUAGAUUAGUAAAUCCUUUAACAUCUUAUAAUUUUAAAGAAUUUAAGGAAUUUAUUAGGGAAUGGUCGAUAGAGAAAAGGAAAAAGAUUAUAAGAUUUGAUGAUUAUGGACUUCAUGUUCAUAUUGAAUGGGAGUAGGCAAUAUGUAGGGUGUAGGAAUAUGUAGGGUGUAAGGAUAUGUAGGGGAAUAGGGAUGGACGCUUUUAAAAAAAAAAAUUGUUGCUAUUACUAUCUUUUUUUUAGCUAUAGAUUCUUUUUUUUUUUGUUGAAAAAUAGAGUUGAUUAAACAUUUUGUAAAUUUUAUGUAUCUUUUAUUUUCUCUUAUGAUAGGUGAUUUCGAUAUAUUAAAGAUAAAUAAUAAUAAAGACCAUAAAAAUGAUCGCGUUAUCGCGUUAAA